AAAGAGAAAGCUAUUGGAAGAAGAUUAUAAUCAUCGUCUGGAACUUCAGCAGCAGCAGAAGAAGAGAUAUGGCGAAAGAAGGUAUUUCUGGCGAGAAAGUGGUAGCUUCCGGCGACUAUGAGGCUCUUUUAGAAGGUCUUCAGCAGCUUGGUCGACGGCAUGAGAUCCUGGAGAUGUUAUCUGAAGGGCUCUGUACACGGUGCAGGGGUUUGUUGGAGAGUCGCUUUAAGAAUCUCUGUAAUGGGAAAAUUGAUAUGACAUCAUCUUCAAAUGUUAAUUACUCUAGGAAUACGGAUGGUUUCUGUUCUGUGGAUUCAUCGAGCGUGUCUUCACCAGGGAAGAGACUCACAUUUUCGAGAAAGAACUCUCCUUUGCAUGAGAACUCUGCCCAGAGCUUAGUACAAACUCCAGAGCCCGUCCCUUCUGCGAUGAGUUAUACUGAUUCCUCGCCGGCAUUGAUAAUUGGACGACAACAUUCAUUGGAUGAAUCUGAAGUAUUAAUUGGUAAUGAAUUCAAUGACAUGUCAAGGGUUAGUAGGAAGAAAGAUUUUGUGCAAACAGAGAGCAUUAAUGGGAGGCCGGUAAAUAUAAUAAGAGGACUUGAGCUUCAUACGAGGGUUUUUAAUGAGCUGGAACAGAAGAAGAUCGUUGACUAUGUCUAUAAGCUACAACGUCUAGGACAGGGAGGGCAACUUAAAGCACGUACGUACUCAGAGCCUAAGAAGUGGAUGCCUGGUAAAGGGCGAGUUACAAUUCAAUUUGGUUGUUGCUACAAUUAUGCAGUGGACAAAAAAGGGAACCCUCCUGGUAUAAUCCGAGAUGAAGAAGUUGAUCCCAUGCCUCCCUUGUUCAAGACCAUGAUCAAGAGAUUGGUUAGAUGGCAUGUCCUGCCCCCGACAUGCAUCCCAAACAGUUGCAUUGUUAACAUAUAUGACGAAGGGGACUGCAUCCCUCCUCACAUCGAUCACCAUGAUUUUCUCAGACCUUUCUGUACUGUAUCAUUCCUAACUGAAUGCAACAUACUGUUUGGUUCAAACCUGAAGAUUGAAGGCCCUGGAGUAUUCUCCGGUCCAAUUGCCAUACCUUUGCCUGUCGGAUCAGUACUAAUCUUGAAUGGGAAUGGUGCUGACGUAGCUAAACAUUGUGUUCCGGGUGUGCCUGCCAAAAGGAUCUCCAUCACAUUCAGAAAGAUGGAUGAUAGCAAGCUGCCAUUCAAGUUCAAGCCUGAUCCAGAGUUGCAGGGCCUUCAGCCUCUUUCUUACUCUUUGAUGAAGUCUCCACUUCAGCAGGUUCCACAUCGAAAUCCUAUUUAUCAAAAUAAGCAAGCUACGAGCAAUGAGUCUGAGGGUCAUUUGGAGACAGCUGCCAGUUCUUUUCACCUUGUUAAACAAGAUUUUCCCCCACUUGGUGGCUCAAACUCAAGUAGCAGAUCAAAACCUAACAAGAACAGGUCAUAAUGACGGAAUAUUUAUUUUUUAUUGACU